AACAGAGUUAUCUUUCAUGGGGAGUAGCCUAUCACAUGACAAAACAUAAUAGGGAAGUUGUGGUAGCAAAAUGAACUAUUAAAACCAAUGCUAUUUGUACAUUAGGGAGAAUUCAAACAUUUAUAAUGUCUGGAAGUAAUUCAGAUGGUGUUUGUGCAACAGGGGGGCAGGUGGACGAGCUGACCAUGGCAUUGAUUGAUGCAGCAUUUGAUCGUAGUGAGGACUGUCAGGAAAUUAUUUCCUCGUCACUCUUCAAUCUGGGCAGAAAGAAACCAGAAUUAGUGUUGAGUUCAUGCUAUAGCUACUUGAAAAAACAUUCCAAGCUAGCACAAGGUCAUAGGGUAGCUAUAUUACAAUGUAUGGAAAGAAUUAUACAUGAGGAGUUGGAGGAACUUGAUAAAGACCUGGCUAUAAACCUCAUAAAACAAGCAUCUGAGGAACUUACUGAAUCUAAGGAGGUGGUGCCAGAAUGGCAGACAGCAGCCAGUGGUGUUUUGGUGGCUCUUGGAAAAAAGUAUUGUAAUGAAAUAAUGGAAGAGAUGCUGCAAAAGUUUCAACCAGGGUCUUUACCUCACUUCUUUGUUGUACAGACCAUUGCAAAUCUAUGCUCUGUUAAUGUGUAUGGAAUGGUGCCUCAUCUGACAGCUGUAUUAGGGACAAUGUUACCUAUGUUAGGUAUGGCCAAACAAGACAACAUGAGAUGGGUGUUCUCUUCAGCCUUGUCUAAGUUCAGUGAAGCAAUUAUAGAGUAUAUAGCCAACAUUGAUAAGGCCCCAGAUCCUACAGUAAAGAAAGAGAUGUUUUCUGCAGAAAUCUUCUCUGCCUAUGAUGUUAUAUUUAAUGUAUGGAUACAGUCUAAAGAAAUGAAGUUGAGGCUAGCAAUUGUUGAAGCAUUAGGUCAUAUGACACACCUGAUGGCUAAGGAUAAACUAGAGGAACAGUUACCACGGAUACUGGCUGGAAUUCUUGGCCUUUAUAAACGUCAUCCUGAACCAUUUCAUAUUACACAGGGUUUGUGUAGUGUACUGGAUGCAGUAUGUCAGGAAGAAACUCAUAUUUUAGAGCCGCACCUUGAACAUGUACUUAAUGCCCUCUUCCCUCAGGUUUUUGCACAGGUGGAUGUGAACAACCCUUUAAGUAUGAAGAAUCAUAAUGAAGUUUUGAGAUGUUUUGCUGUAAUUGCCAGGUCAUUCUCUGGAAAGUUGACUGGUAUUCUGUUGCAGAAACUUGACCAAAACAAUGAGAGAAUCAAAAUUGGAAUACUAACAAUAUUUAAACAUCUUAUCAAUGCAGCAGCCCCAUCUAUGGAAGACAAGAAGGAAGUAGUGUUGUCGGGGUUGAAAGGUAUUACACAGGAACAUAGUAACAAGGUGAAGAAAGUGUUUGCUCAAGUUGUUAUAGCAAUGGGUCACCAUAAUUACAUGGAAUUAGAAGGUGGAACUCAGAUGAUAGAGUUUAUAGUAACACAAUGCUCACUACCAGCUGAUCCUCCUGGUGCAAAGAGGUCACCAGAUCCAGAUCAUGUGACCAAUGUCCAGUUACGUAUGAUGUGUGAUCAUGUAUUACAGUUACUUACUAAUACUGUUGAACAAAUGGAAAAUGUUUUAUGGCCAUACUUGUUAGAGUUGGUGGUACCAGAGAAGUAUACUGAGGCUGCUGGGGUAGUAUGUCGUUGCCUAGCAACUAUUGCUAACAAGAAGAGGGAGGAAAAUGCUGAAGAUUAUGACCUUGAUUAUGAGACUCAAGCUAACUUACCCAAACCAGCUGCUGUGAUAGCCAGACUUGUUACAUUAGCAGGAAGACCCCAGAAUGGGAGACAGAGAGGUGUUCAUGUUUUAAACCUCAUGAAAGGACUAUCCCCUAAUCUCCAUGACAACCUUGUUGAACUAUGGGACACAGUCAUCCCAAAAUUAGUUCAAUACCUAGAAGAUCCUGACAAACAGGAGGAGUGGUCUCAGAAGAACUGGGAGGAUCUACUGUUGAAGAUGUUAUCUAAGUCUCUUGAUGUAGUUGAUCAUGAAGAAUGGAUAGCAGAGUUUGGGGAGGCUCUUGCAAAUCAAAUACCUAUGUAUAACAGAUACUCUGAGGAAAAGAAUUUUCUGUACAAAUGUAUUGGAAUUGUGAUGAGAAAAUCAACAAAGAAAGAUUUUGUGAACAAGAUGUUGGACCAAGUGUUUGGUACGGUCAAACAUACAGACCAAACUGAACGAGAGGGCUGUGCUGUAAGCUUGGGAUUCUGUGCUACCUCACAUUUAGAUGCUGUGUUGACUAAAUUAGAAACUGUAACUAAAACAGACAUGGCACAGAAAAAGUCUGGAAUGUUCAGUUUUAUGAAGGGAGACACAAAAUCAGAAGCUGAUAUAGAGAGAAUUAAGUCAACAUUGAUGUUAUGUUAUGGUUAUGUUGCCCUGUAUUCUCCACCUAGUCUCAUCAUAUCUCGGAUGGAGGCAACUAUACUUAGAUCUCUAACACCACACUUUGCUAAUGUGAAGGACACAAGUGUGAAGCAGAAUUUGAUUCGAGCUGUAGAUCAGAUAGGUCAAGCUUUACAUCCCAGUCAUCUAGGACAGACAUAUAAUUUCUCCAACAGGGGAGAGUUUCUGACACACCUUCAAACAUACAUGCAAUUAGAGAGUACUCUCAACAUUGGUAAUGAAACAAGAGCUCUCGCCAUGAAAUCUUGUACAACACUUGUUAAAUUGGACCCAAUAUUAAAUGAUGCAGACAUGUUUGAUUUAAUAAAGACAGUAACUGACUGUGUGUUUCCUCUACCACUGGAUGGUGGAUUUACACCAAAAAAGGGUAAGAGUGAUUUAGAUCAGGAAGAGUCAGAAGUACUAAUGGAGGCUACAAUAGAAGCACUUGAGGAACUACUAACUGAACUACUCACCAAGAACUGUACUCCUAAUGCAUUUGAUAAUAUUCUCAAGGUAAACAUUUAUAAGAUCUAACUGUGGUUCCUGUACUUAGUAUUAUCUUUGUUCUAUAAAAUGUAACAAUUUAUUUCAAUAUGAGUAAUUUAUUACACCCCUAUGCAGCAAAUGGUAAAAUGUUAUUUCAAUAAACCAGUACUAGAAAGACUGUCAUUUGAAAUUCUAUAUUUAUUAUAUGCUCGAAAAACUUUGGCAUAUAAUGUUAUACACCUGGUUGUCUGUCCGUCUGUUAGCAGUUUUCGUUUCUGGUCUGUAUCAUGAAACUACUUGGCAGAAUGUUAACCAUAAUGAGACGAUGUGCAGAACAGAGGUUUGACCUUUGUCAGGUCAAUGUCACACAGUCUUUUUUUGUAUCAAUUUCAAAAUUUUGUGUCCUCUGUAUCUUUAGAACCAAUAGAAUGAAAUUAAAUCUUUCUGGCAGAAAUAUUAUUCAUAAUGAGAUAUUAUGCAGAACAACAGCCCUGUUCCGGGGAUUACUUGAUUUUAAUUGGACUUACAUAGGAAAACACAUUCAAGUUUACAUUACAGUGUCUAGAGCUUGGAUAUUUAGCAUGUAACAUUGCCUUAUUGACCUUUACAAAACAGAUAAGAAUCAUGCCCACUUGAUUAAUAUAGACUUUAUAGGAAAAACACAUCUGGGACUUGUGUGUAAAACUACAAUGCCUAGAGCUAAGUUCUUUGGCAUGUAACAUCACUUGUGAACCACA